CAGUUUUUUAUAAACAGUCAUUGAACAAAAUCAUCCAGUAAUUUGUGAGCCACCGGCCGGUGUAGACGUUUAAAAUUAGUGUAAUAAUUUAAUUAAAUAUUAAAAAUGUUCUUAGUUGUCUACCACGUGUUAAUUUUAAGUUUAUAUUUAUAUGCAUUAUGGUUCGAUAGUAAUUUCGUCGAGAUACCGUACCCUUCGAAAGAAUUUGAAAAUAUUCCCUUCAGAGCGCGAGCGAGCUUCUUAACUUUUUGGACUAUGAUGGUCCAGAUCCUAUACUUCAUCGUCGCCUGCUUGAACGACGCCAUUGGAACUAACACAGUCACAAAAAAGCCGCCGCUGAUAAGAAAAAUUAAAGACCAUCUAUUCAGUCUUGCAUUUACAACAGCGGUAUACGUACCUAUUACAUUUUGGACACUUUACAAGAUCGACAAGACUUAUAUAUACCCUAAUGAGGAAGCCGAAAGGCAAAUACCGAACUGGCUGAACCAUCUCAUGCACACAUCAAUAUUACCUAUAAUUUUAGUCGAAUUAUUUAUAAGCAAUAAGAACUACCCUAAAAGAAAGACUGGUCUAAAGAUCUUGCUGUGUUCAGCGGCUGCCUAUUCGGCGUACAUACAUUAUCUGUACUUCAAAUAUGGUAUAUGGCCUUACAAUUUUCUCCACCUGCUAAGUUGGACGAAUAAAAUUGUAAUGACUCUAUUUAGUGGAGUGCUUGGAGUGUUGUAUUAUUUGAUUGGUGAGAAACUAGAUAGUUUAAUAUCUAAAAACAGAAGAGAACACAAACAUGCGAAUGGAAUAAAAAGUCAUUAAUUAAUAUAUUUUUUUAAGUA